AUGGGGGACUCAAAGUUAGAUAUGGAAGUGCCUGACAGUGCAAUUGAAUUUGUUGCUGUCAAGGAAGAGAUUAUUGAAGAUGUUAGUGAAGUGACCAACUGUAGAAUAAAAGUUGUCGAAGAUAGUGAUGGAGUGAAUGCUGUCUAUAUCAAAACGGAGAAGGAGGUAGAUACAAGUAAUGAAAGUUCAGUUGAAAAAGAAAACAGUCUGAGGGAAGGAGUUACAAAUGGCUCGGAUGUUUCAACGUGUGAAGAGGAAGAUCCAUUGCUCUUGCCAGUGCCAUUUGGUUUUGAGGUCUGUGAGGAACUCUGCUCACCAGACCAGACAUUAUGUAAGAAAGAGGAUGAUGAGGAAAUGCGCAAAAAGUCAGACACAAAAGGGAAAUGUUUCUAUUGUGAGAUCUGUGACAAGAAACUCCCUUGCAAGAGUAAACUUUUAGUUCACAUGAGAGUACAUACAAGAGAAAAGCCAUAUAAUUGUGAAGUUUGCAACCAGGCCUUUUCUCAGAAACAUCACAUGGUGGAACAUAUGAGAAUCCAUACAAAAGAGAAGCCUUAUGUCUGUGACAUAUGUUCUAAACCAUUCUGUGGGAGAAGCAAUCUUGUGAAACACAUGAGAGUACAUACAAAGGAGAAACCAUAUAGUUGUGAUAUAUGCAGUAAGGCUUUCCCUGAGAAAAUUGCUCUGGAUAGACAUGUUAGAGUACAUACAAGAGAAAAGCCUUUCAAUUAUAUCCAGGAUGUUAAACUUGUAUUGAUUCUUUAA